AUGGAAUAAGAUCUUAUUUAAACUUCAGUUGGAUCUCCUCUAUAUAUGUGCCCUUAGAUACUUAAUUAGUAAAAAUAUAGCAGUAAAUGUGAUGUUUGGUCUUUAGGAAUUAUUUUCUUUGAAAUGGUUUAUGGGAAAACCCCCUGGAAAGCUGCUAAUAUUUACGAUUUGAUAAUAAAAAUUAAUAAAGAAAAACUCUUGUACCCUUAAGAGCCUUUGAUUAGUGAUUAAUUAAAAGAAAUAAUAGGGAAAAUGCUAGAAUUAGAGGAAAAAAACAGAAUAGGUUGGGAACAAUUAUUUGGAUUGAAAAUAUUUUAAGACAUAGAAGAAGAAAAUAAAGAAGAAAAAUAAGAAUAAGACGAGGAUUUUUUAAAAAAGACAUAAAAUGAGAACAAAAAAUAUUUUAAUGGAAAAAAAUAAGUAUUAAAUUCCAUAUAUGAAUGUGAAAACAGGAAAAAUAAAAUAAAAGAUAAUAAUUAUAUAAUAAAAGAAGAGGAAUAAUAAAAAUAAUAACAAGAAAUGAACUUUAAUAAUAAUGAGUAUUUAGAUGAUAAAACAAAAGAAAAAUACUCGUAAAUUUUCAGUUAAUAUAAUAAUAUUUAAGAAACUAAAAAAAUAAUAAGAAAAAUCGGUUCUUGGAUUCUACAUAGAAGAAAUAAAGCAGUUUUUUUAAAUAAUAUUACUGUUAAACUUUAUGAUUUUUAUGAUAAUAAAGUAUUUAUGUUUGAUAAAAUUAUUUUUUAUAAAAUUAUGUUUGUACUUUCAAAAUAUUAGACUAUGAUUAUUUAUAAAAUCAAUUAAAGGCUAAAAACUAAAUUAUUGGAGAAAAAUAAUAAAUUUAGUUAGGAUGAAUGGAAGGUAUUUGUAAAGAGUAAUGAAAGGGGAGUUCUUUAAAAUUUCGUUUAGAAAGAUUUAGAUGUUAUAAAACUUUUCUUUGAGGAAUUGUUGAAAAAAUGCUCUUAAUUCUUUUAGUGUUAAAUUAAAGAAUGCUUUGAUGAAAAAGAUAAAGACAAUUUGUAGAAUAUUUUGAGUAUAUGUAAUAAAUAAAUUGAAGAUAAAAAUAAAUUUGAUGUUAUUUAUGACUUAAAUGUUAAUGAAUUUUUUAGUUAUUUAAAAAGCUUUAUUGAAUAAAAUGGACUUUUUAAUAAUUUGGAAGUACUUUAGUUCUUAAUGCAUGUUAAAAAUGCUGUCAAAAUAAAAGAAUUUUUUAAAUAUAAAACAGAACCGAAAUUCGAUUUUAUGAAAUAUUACGAAACAGUUUAAAAAAUGGAUUGUAAUAAAAUUAUUAAAAAUUUAUUUAAAUCUUGA